CGCAUGCGCGGUUGAUGUAAACAAUUUGAACACGUGACCAAACCCGGAAGUUGAUCGUAAUUUACUGAGAGCUUCACUUAAAUGAAACAACAUUCGAAACCAAGUCGUUUAUAAUUUUACCGACUCCGUGGUCAGCAUGAGUGACGGAUGUGGCAGGAAGUUGAUGACCUCAACAAGAAAAAAGAUCCGGAAGUUCAGCUCUCUGCGCGGCCGGGAGGUUCAGCCGGGAGACUUCUGGGACGUGGUGGUGGUGACCGCGGUGGACGGCGGCCAGAAAGAUGCGUACGAGGCGCAGAUCCGCGAGAAGAUCCACCGGGGAGAACUUCCUCUCGGAACCACCUACAGGGUCUUCUCUGACCCUCCCGGACCCAAAAUCGGGAACGGCGGCUCCACCCUUCACGCGCUGCAGCAGCUGAGCUCCAUGUAUGGAGAAGCUCUGAGGAGACUGAAGGUCAUCCUCAUCCACGCUGGUGGCUUCAGUCAGCGUCUGCCCAGCGCCAGCGCUCUGGGGAAGAUCUUCAUGGCCGUUCCUCUGGGUGACCCUCUCUACCAGAUGCUGGAGCUCAAACUGGCCAUGUACGUGGACUUUCCCUCCAACAUGAAGCCCGGCGUUCUGGUGACCUGUGCGGAUGACAUCGAGCUGUACAGCGUGGCGGAGGGGGAGGAGCUCCGGUUCGAUAAACCCGGCUUCACAGCCUUGGCUCACCCCUCGCCGCUCUCUGUGGGGACGACCCACGGCGUGUUCGUGCUGGACCGACGGGACGCCUCCUCUCCGUCUGAGAUGGAGACCGUUAGCUGUCGGCGUUUUCUCCACAAGCCGAGCAUCAGAAAGAUGCAGGACAGCGGCGCCGUUUGCGAGCGGAAGAGCGCGGCGCUUCCCGUCUCGGAGGCGGAGUUUGUGUACACAGACAGCGCGUACUAUGUUGACUUCGACACCGCAGACGUUCUGCUGAAGCUGCUGGAAGAGCUGGAGCCUCUGAGCUGCGAGAUCGACGCGUACGGAGACUUCCUCCAGGCCCUGGGCCCCGAGGCCACCGUGGAGUACACCAGCAACACCGCCAACGUGACCACGGAGGAGGCCGGGCUGGUCGGCGUCCGCCAAAAGAUUUUCAGUCGUCUUCAGGGGACGCCACUGAACGCCAUCCUCCUCAACAACUCCAAGUUUUAUCACAUCGGAACCACGUCGGAGCUCCUCUUUCACCUGACCAAGGAUGAGGAGCUGAGGAGCCAGCUGGGCCUCCUGUCGUCUGCCUUCAGCGUCCACCUGGACCAGAGUUCUUCUGGAUCCUGUGGCUCCGCCUCCUCUGGCUCCUGUGUCAUGCACAGUGCUCUCCAUCCCAGUUGCAUUGUGGGUUCUGGCUCAGUGGUGGAGUACUCCAGACUGGAGGCCGGCGUCUCCGUCGGCCGGGGCUCCAUCGUCAGCAGCUGCUGGGCCGGUCCGGGCCUCUCGGUUCCCGACGGCGUCUUCGUGCACUCGCUGUGUGUGAACCACCAGAACCAAACCGGGUUCGUCACCGUCUUUUUUGGGAUCGACGACAGCUUGAAGCGUUCUGUGCACGCUGCUGGCGGCACGGCGGAGCUGCGGUUGUGCGGGACCCGCCUGUCGGAGUGCCUGUCCCUCUGGGACGUGGACGGGGAGCUGCUCCGGUUCUCCGGGGAUCCCUCCAGCUGCAGCCUGUGGAACGCUCGUCUGUUUCCGCUGUGCUCCGAUCAGCAGAGCUCCUUCUCCACGUCUCUGGAGAUGCUGCAGGCUCUCCUCAGAAGAUCUGGAAGUCCUCUUCCUGUGAAAACACGUCUGCUGUCCAUGCAGGAGUGUCUGCAGCUCAAGAGUCUGCAGGAGAUGCUGACGUUCAGGAAAGAACUGCAGGACGAGAUCGUGCAGAAGAAAUCCAGCUAGAACACGUUUAGGUCAUGCAUGAACUCUAGUGUCACCAGAGCCACUUUGGAAAAAUGAAUCAUUUAUUUGACAUUUUUAGAGAUGUUUUUAUGUGGAAAAUCAGGAUUAAGUAAAAACAAAUGUCUGUUUGGUUUCAAACAUUUUAUCUGUAAUGAUUUUUAUUUUUGCAAAUUUUGGGAUUUGAGAGUUUUUAAAUAUCUGGUUUGAAAUCAUUUUAUUCUGUACGUCUAAGUGAAAAAUGUGAUGCUGGAAGUUUUUUUUCACCAAUAAUCUGAAGUAAAAUACAAUUCUCAAUUCAACAUGUUGUUCAGGUUUGCAAAAAAUACAUUUUGCAGUUUAGAUUUCAGUUUAAAAAGUUACAGUAAAAAUUUUAAUUAUGGGUGAAAAAACACUUCCAUACUUACUCAAAGUUCUGUUUCAAAUACAAGUAAAAGUUUCUGCAGACAUGUUUGUUUUCAUACAUGUAUGGACAAAAUAGUUUCAUUAUUUUCAAUAGAACUCACACUUUAAAGCUGAAAAAGGGACGAUAAAUAAAAACGUAAUGAUGUUCUA